UUUUGCUGGAGUCUGCUAUGGUCUGCGGGAAGGAGAGUCUCGUCGACGUAACGCAGAUGACUUUGAUGCUUGGCGUUCUCUUCGGAAACAUCAUAUUCGGAGUGAUGGCUGAUAGAAUUGGCAGAAAGAAAACGUUAAUUGCUAGCAUCAUAAUGCAAUCCGCUUGUGGGAUGUUAUCUGCUUGGUCGCCUUGGUUGGAACUGUUUCUCGUCUUGAGAUUCUUGAUGGCCGUGGCGAACGGCGGCACAAUGGUCACCUCGUUCGUGAUGUGCAUGGAGGUGGUCGGAGGGAUCUGGAGGAUCAUCGUUCCUAUCCUCUACCAAAUUCCGUUUGGCGGUGUCAAGAAGGUUAAGGACGAUAUACUAUCACGAUGAUGAUCAUAUUCAAAACAUUUUAUACUGUCAAGGAUAAUAGAUUACUACGCUUGUUUCGUCACACUGCUUCCAAUUUACAGUAAAAAUCCUUGAUCGUAUCUAAAACCAAGAUCUUCGUAUAUACAUGGUGCAAUGAGAUAGAUUCAAAUUAACGUACUUUUUGCUGGAGUCAUUACUUCUAAGAUUCAGCGACACAUG